AUGCAGGACAGCGUGUGCCCGCCGGGGAGAGGCUGCGGGCACCUGCUCUUCCUUCCCAUAGCCUGGGUGCGGAGGAACCCGGCCGGGGUUUGGAUGCCAGCCAGAGGGGAGGGCUCAGGCUGCGUCGGAAAAGGGAAACGUGGGGCCGAGGGCCUGGAGGCCAUGAAGCAGCGGGACAGGAGCCCCCCCCGGAACAAGCCGUGGAAGAAACUCAAGAGCAUGGUCCACUGGUCGCCUUUCGUCGUGUCCUUCAACAAGCGCUACCCGUGGGUGCAGCUGGCCGGCCAUGCGGGGAAUUUCAAAGCCGGGGACUGCGGGCGGAUCCUGAAGAAGCUCUGCCCGCGGGAGCAGCAGUGCCUGGAGCGCCUCAUGCAGGACUCGCUGCGCCCCCACGUGCCCGCCUACUUCGGGCUGUCGCAGCGGGACGGCGAGUGCUACAACCAGAUGGAGGAUCUGCUGGCCGGCUUCGAGACGCCCUCCAUCAUGGACUGCAAGAUGGGGGUCAGGACGUACCUGGAGGAGGAGCUGGAGCAGGCCCGGCAGCGGCCCCGGCUGCGCCACGACAUGUACGAGAAGAUGGUGGCGGUGGAGCCGGGGGCGCCCACGCCCGAGGAGCACGCCCAGCGCGCCGUGCUCAAGCCCCGCUACAUGCAGUGGAGGGAGGCGCUUAGCUCCAGCGCCACGCUGGGCUUCCGCAUCGAGGGCAUCAAGAAAGCCGACGGCACCUGCAGCACCAACUUCAAGACAACGCGGCUGCCCGAGCAGGUGGUGCAGGCGCUGGGCGACUUCGUGGACGGCGACAGAACCAUCCUGACAAACUACCUGGGCUGCCUGAAGGACCUGCGGGCGGCGCUGGAGCAGUCCGAGUUCUUCCACACCCAUGAGGUGGUGGGGAGCUCUCUGCUUUUUGUCCAUGACCGGACGGGGCUGGCCAAGGUCUGGAUGAUCGACUUCGGCAAGACGGUGCCGCUGGCCAGGGGGCAGACACUGACACAUCGGCUGCCGUGGGUGGAGGGGAACCGGGAGGACGGCUACCUCUGGGGGCUGGACAAUCUCAUCACCAUCUUCAGCACCAUGGAGCAGGACUGAGCCGGGGCCGGCACGCUGGGGACACCCAGCCCCGGCUCUGUGCAAUAGCCGGGCACUGCCGUGCGGUGCCCUCCCUGCCUCUUAUUUAUACAGCCAGAUAUGCUACAGCCCGUCUGCCUGGGCCGGCUUCCAGCGGCUCGGACGGCCCCGCACCAGGGACAGGAUGGGACAGCGCCUGGCCCGUCACACAGACAUCAGGGGACCCAGUUUACACCAGCUAAUGGGAAAGGGCGAGAACUAGUCCCGUCUCGGAGCGGAGCCACUUCCCGCUCAGCUGUUCGUUCCGCGGCCCAGCCCGAGGGAGAGCGAGGCCAGGGGAACCCUGGGAAGGCCGAGAUUGGCCCCCAGCACUGGCUCAGCGAUCCUGCACUGCAGGUCCCGGCAGUGACGCCGGCUGGAACCGAACGGGGCUCGGAUCCUCUGGGCCCCUCUCCUGUUCACGGUCCAUUUUCCUUCAGCUGGGUCGGGAGGAGGCCUCCCAGCCCCGCUUCCUGCCCCCUGCUGGUAUCAGAGCCAGCUCCACCACCGGGCUGCUCCAGGGGACCUGGUCUGCAGGGAGCUGCCUGUGGGCGGAGCAGCAGCUCCACGUUACCGGUUCAUGGGAUGGGAAAUUCAAGACACUUGAAAAGACUUUUUGGCAAUAGCCACUGGGCCCUGGUGUGGCGGCGGCUGUGGGCUCUGGCGUGACCCUUCGGGGCAGCAGGUCGACCCCCAGCUGCGACGGCAGGUUUCUCGGCCCAUCCCCUGAAGCAUUUGUGGCCCUGCAGGAGGGUCGGAUGCGGCCGGCCAUUUCCACCCCCUGCACUUUCUUCUGCCGUGGCCAGGAGCCUCCACCGCCCCGUGGCCAGAAAAUGAGAACCCCGAGUUACUGUGAAGCUUGUGCCCGCGCUGGGGAGCUCAGGGGUUGCCUGUGGCUGAGUCUAUCCUCACCGGGGGGUGGUUUUCCUGGCAGCUGGAGAGCUGGGGUGAACCUGGCUGGAAAGUUCGGCCCGUCUUUACAGGGGGCUUGGCCCUUUGAGAAUCAACCAGGAUGCCACCUCCCCUGCCAGCUUUGUGUGGUUCUCCUAGCCCAUCCCUGGGCUCGCCACGGGCUCUCGCCCUGCGCGCAGGGUGCUGGGAUGGCCAGCCGCAGGCCACCUCUCUGGCAGCUUUGUGUGGUUCUGCUAGCCCAGUCCUGGGCUCGCCACGGGCUCUCGCCCUGCGCGCAGGGUGCUGGCAUGGCCAGCCGCAGGCCACCUCCCCUGCCAGCUUUGUGUGGUUCUCCUAGCCCAUCCCUGGGCUCGCCACGGGCUCUCGCCCUGCGCGCAGGGUGCUGGGAUGGCCAGCCGCAGGCCACCUCCUCUGCCAGCUUUGUGUGGUUCUCCUAGCCCAUCCCUGGGCUCGCCACGGGCUCUCGCCCUGCGCGCAGGGUGCUGGGAUGGCCAGCCGCAGGCCACCUCCCCUGCCAGCUUUGUGUGGUUCUCCUAGCCCAGCCUUGGGCUCGCCACGGGCUCUCGCCCUGCGCGCAGGGUGCUGGCAUGGCCAGCCGCAGGUCACCUCCCCUGCCAGCUUUGUGUGGUUCUGCUAGCCCAUCCCUGGGCUCUUGCGCCACGGGCUCUCGCCCUGCGCGCAGGGUGCUGGGAUGGCCAGCCGCAGGCCACCUCCUCUGCCAGCUUUAUGUGGUUCUCCUAGCCCAUCCCUGGGCUCGCCACGGACUCUCGCCCUGCGCGCAGGGUGCUGGGAUGGCCAGCCGCAGGCCACCUCCCCUGCCAGCUUUGUGUGGUUCUCCUAGCCCAGCCUUGGCCUCACCACGGACUCUCGCCCUGCGCGCAGGGCACUGGCACCGUCAGCCGCAGGCCACCUCCCCUGCCAGCUUUGUGUGGUUCUCCUAGCCCAUCCCUGGGCUCGCCACGGGCUCUUGCGCCACGGGCUCUUGCCCUGCGCGCAGGGUGCUGGGAUGGCCAGCCGCAGGCCACCUCCCCUGCCAGCUUUGUGUGGUUCUCCUAGCCCAGCCUUGGGCUCCUCACGGACUCUCGCCCUGCGUGCAGGGUGCUGGCACCGCCAGCCGCAGGCCACCUCUCUGGCAGGCUGCCGGCCCAGGGCGCACGCGCCGUGCCUGAGUCACAAGGGCCCGAGUGAGGGGCCUGGUUUCCCCUUGCUCUGCCGCACUCUCAGUGCUCGUUUCCUGAGCGCUCGCCGCGUCUGCGUGAGCAUCUCACAGGCAGAACCAAGGCCCUGGGAGUCACUCCCACCGGCAUCAGCUCCAAGCCUGGCCAGUCUGGGGAGCGGUUUCCAAGGCAGGAUUCAGGAGCCCCAGCUCCAUUAGGCCUGACCCAGGGCACUGCCAGUAGCUGCCUGAGCCGCUCAGAUCUGCAGCCCCUGCCGCGUUCAGCUCUGGCUGAGCACAGACUCCCUGCACCUAGGAACUCACGGGGGGGGGGGGGAGGUGGGUGCGGUUCAGGGGACCAUCCUGCCCCCUACUGGCUCGGGUCCAGGAGCGCAGCGUGUAGCCAGCCUGGCGUUCGCUCCAGUCCAAGUGCUGCACAGGAGCCAAGGGGGACGGGCCCUUCCAAAUCCAGCUGCCUGGGGCUCUGGCUGCUCUCAAUAGCGCUGGGUCACACAGGCAGGGCAGGGGCCAAGCGCUGGAAAUGCAGCUGCCCGGCUGAGCCAGCGGCUCCGAGCCUUUGGUUCCAAACUCGGAGAGCAGCUGCCAUGGGUGCUAGUCCCUGCCGGCUAUUCCCGGCCAGCCCAGGGCCCCGCAGCAGAACUGACAGCAGCACUCAGAGUCCCCAGCCGAGAUCUGGGCCCUGUGGUGCCAGGUGCUGCACGCACCCCGGGAGAGAGAGUCCCUGCGCCAAAGAGCUCACAGUCCAGACAAAGGGUGGGAGGGGAAACCGAGGCACAGAGCAGGGCAGAGGCUUGCCCAGGGUCAGUGUCAGAGCUGGGAAUGGAACCCAGGAGGCAGCAGCCAACCCACAUGACCUUGCUGCCCAAGGCUGUGAGCAGGUCAGCUCCGGGGGGGGGUAGGGGGGUUCUGAACAGGUCCCCCAGUAGUAGCAGAGCCCCUCCAGCCAGUGGAACGAGGGAUGCUCCUGCCCCCCCUGCACGCAGGCAGGACGUUCUCGGGACCGAGCGUUGUCCCUGGCCCAUUCCGCUGCGUGGGGCUCUGCCACCCCUCUGGAGAUAGGCACACGGCCAGGCCUUUGGGGCCAGAAGUGUCACAAUAAACAGAACCUGCCGGUGUGGAAACCGAACAGCCUUUGUCUUUAAUGCACGUUGCUGGCGCGGGUCGAAGUUCCCAAGUUUGCUGUAUGACAGCAGCUCUAGAGAGCCGAGACCAUUGGGCCAGGCGCCGGCCAGACCCCGGCCGGGAUCGGGGCCCCGCUGGGCCGGGCGCCGCCCAGACCCCGG